CGAAUCUGCUCAUAUAGAAACUAAGCUUAAGUUAUACCAACACAAAUACAUUGCAAUACAUGUUUAGUGAUGGUUGUGUGAUCACUGUUGAUACACGUGUCGACUUUAGAAGUAUACAAAUUUAAUUUACUGCUAAUUUAUUAAUAAAUAUUUUCAAGAUUAGAUACCUAAAAUUAAUUCUAAUAAUUUUUGAAGAAAUACAUAAAAAUGAGUAAGCAAAAGAAAACGAAGAUUAGUAAAAUUAAAAGAAAUAAUCAGACAAAAACAAAACUUUCAAAACAAGGAAAAUUAAAAACACGUAGACACAGGCAAUCUAAAAAACAAAUUCAAAGAAGUUUACCUAAAAUAGAUAAAAUAGAAGAAGAAGAAAGUGAUAAUGGAGAAGAUUUAUUAAAUAUGGUUGAAGAAGACGAUUUAUCGUUUUUACAAAAUGCUAUUUCUAAUAAAUCUUAUAAUUUAUUGAAAAAAAUAAGAUUGAAUGAAGCAAUUGUUAAUGAUAAACAAGGACAAAAAUCUAAAAGAAAAAAAGAAGAAGCUCAAUUGGAGGAAUCGUACGAAGAUCAUGUAUUUAAGUUGAAUGAAGGAAAUGGUAUAAAAAAGAUGCGUAUGUUACUUCCUAUAAAAACUCAACAAGGUGUGAUAGAAAAGAGAAUAAUAGAAGAAGAAGAAGAGGAAGAAGAAGUAAAAGAUAAAGAAGUUGAAAAUAAUGGAGAAAAUAUAUUUCAACAAAAUGGGAAAGAUGAAGAAUUAGAUGAUCAUGAAGAAAUUAAUUCAUAUUUACAAAACAAUUUAAAUAAGGAAAAUGGUGAAGCAGUAUCUACAGUAGAACUUAUAGCAUGUCGUGAAGAAAUAUUAAAAUCAAGGCGCUUCAAAAUUGGGGUAUUGUCCAGUACACUUUUAGAAAAUCCAGAACAUAAAUCUAGUAAUUUUAAAAUACUUUUGGAUUUUAUGGAAGAAAGUAAUCCAGAAAUCUAUAUCACAGUUAAAAAAUUGGCAAUGAUAUCACUUUUAGAAGUAUUUAAAGAUCUUUUGCCAUCUUAUCAAAUUUUACAACUUAAACCAGAAGGCGUUAAAUUAAAAAAGGAAACAUUGCAAUUACAAAAUUAUGAAGCUGUGUUACUAAAAAGUUACAAACAGUACUUACAAAAACUUGAAAAGAUGUCCAAUAUUCUAAGAAAAAAAGCAGGGGACACACGAAUUGUUAACGAAAGAGAAAUUUUAUUAGGAGAAAUGGCUGUAAUGUGUAUGUGUGAAUUAUUAGUUAACCAUCCUUAUUUUAAUUUUUCCCUUAAUAUAGCGAACUUUCUCAUACCAUUAUUAAAUAACAAAAAGGCUAGUGUAAGAGAAAGAAUAGUAAAAUAUAUUUCUGAAGUAUUUAAGGAUGAUAAACGUGGAGAAUUAUCACUUACAAUAGUACGUAAAAUAAAUCAAUAUAUAAAAUCUAAAGGUCAUAGUGUACAUGCUGAGGUUAUAUCUGUGCUUUUAUCUCUUCGUAUAAAAGAUAUUGAUCUUGAUAAAGAGAAAGAAGAUGAAACCAGACAAAAGAAACUAAUGUCUCACAAACAAAGAAUUCUUUCAUUAAGUAAACGAGAAAGGAAGAAGAACAAAAAAUUAGAACAGGUAGAAAAAGAACUACUAGAAACCAAAGCAGAAGAAAAUAGACAAGCAAAACAGAAAGUUUUCACAGAAUUAACAAGUGUAGUGUUUACAAUUUAUUUUAGAAUUUUGAAGCAAGCUCCAAAUAGUAAAAUUUUAUCUGUAUGCUUGGAAGGAUUGGCAAAAUUUGCACAUUGUAUCAAUUUAGACUUUUAUCAAGAUAUAGUAACAGUUAUAGAUAGAUUAAUGGAGGCAGGUAAUUUAGGAUUGAGAGAACAACUGCAUUGUGUUCAAUGCGUAUUUACGAUAUUAUCAGGUCAAGGUACAUCAUUGAAUAUUGACCCUUACAAAUUUUAUGUACAUCUAUAUAAAAAUCUUUUAAAUAUUCAUUGUGGUAAAACACAAGCUGAAAUAGAAAUUAUUUUGAGAACUUUAAUACAAGUACUUAUUAAUAGAAGAAAAAGAAUUUCUUCUAAACGUUUAGUAGCUUUUGUAAAAAGAAUGAUUAAUUUAACUUUACAAUUACAACAUAAUGGAGUACUUGGUUUACUAAGUAUUGUCAAACAAAUAAUGCAACUUGGUAAAGCAGUAGACAUUUUAUUGGAUACAGAUUAUACCAGUGGAGAUGGUUUUUAUCAACCUGAAAUUGAAGAUCCAGAAUAUUGUAAUGCACAUUGUUCUGCAUUAUGGGAGCUUGUGGUACUUCAGCGUCAUUAUCAUACUAUAGUACGGAAAGUAGCAAAAAAUAUAGCAUGGAAUGUACCUGUAAAUGGAGAAGGUAGUUUAAGUUUAGAUAUUGCUAAACUAACACCAGAACAGCUUUAUACAGAAUUUGAUCCAACUGGUGUUGCAUUUAAUCCUCCUGUACUUGCACCUAAGAAAAUAAUUAAUAAAACAAAUUCGAAAGAUCAUUACUAUAAAAAUAAUGAAUUUGAAGAAUACAUUAACACUAUUAAGAAUAAAGAAUUGUUUACAGAUGGAUAUGUAGAUUUUUAUAAAGUAUUGAUAAAAGAUUUGUCAUGUAACAUAUAAUAAAACAUUUUUAUGUAAUAAAUGUGUAUAUUUCAUACAAUU